AUGGCCUCGGGCGCUGCCGACACAUUCCCCGCGCGCGGCGGUGGCGCGCUCUGGCCGGCGCUGAACGACGAGGAGAUGGCGGCGGCCUCGUCCUCCUCCGCCUCCUCCUCCUCCUCUUCCACGGCCACCGCGACGCAGCCGCAGCGGUUGCUGCUGCCCAGCACGUCCCACGCGCAACUUAACGAGCUGUCGGCGUUCCUGGCGGCCUCUGCAGCAACUUCCGCCGCCGCUCCCGGUGCCGGAGCGCCGCAGACGUUCCUGGACGACCUGCUGCGCGACGACGGAGACGCCGCCGCGCACCAGCCGCCGCAGAGCUUCCAGCUGCACGAGGACGUGCCCGUGUCCAGCGCCAUGUCGGACGUGGGCGUGCUGAGCGACGCGGCCUUCUUCUCGCUUGGCGAGGAGGCGCACAGGGCCACGACGGACUCGUCGUCUGCCGGCUCGCCGUCGACGGGCGCCAACACGAGCCGACUGCUGCAGCUGGAGACCAACUACGAGCGCAAGAAGAAGCGCGCCAAGAUCAACCGCAAGGACCUCAACUCGAGGUUCCAGGAGCUCAUGGACAUUUUGCACUUGAAGGAGGACCGCAAGCUGAACCGGGCCAAGAUCCUGGAGAAGACUAUCGAACACAUUGAGAAGCUCACGGCCGAGCUGAACGCGCUGAAGGGAGGACACCAGUCGCAGCCGCAGCAACAGACUCAGACGCAGACAGUGAGGAAGACGGCCAUCGCGUUGCACCAUCAGCAGCAGUUCCCCGGCAUGCAGACGAUGGCCCAAGCCAUCGGACACCACAGCAUUGCAAGCUCAGCUCAUGGCAGUGCGACGGGUGGCGCGCCUCUGCUGCCGUAUAACCCGUCGCCGUGGACUGCUGGGGCCAGCCUCCCUUUGCCCCCGAUGAUGUGGGUGCCGUGCCCCGUGGUGACGUCCUCUGGCAUGAUGCUGAAGCGCGCUGCUCCUGGCCGGCCAGCUGAUGUGUCAAGCCGCAAGCGUGGACGAGUGGAAAGCAUGGAAAGCACGGUUACUAGCUCGUCGGAGCUUGAGAGCGGGCCCGAAAGCCCUGAGGUCGUGACGGUCGUUGUGUCGUCUGCGGCUGAUAAGGAUUCGUCGGUUUUCGUGUGGGCUGCGCAGGAAAUUCCGACGCUGCUGGCGUUCUGCGAUGCGUGGACACUGGUCACAGUGAUGCGUACUUCCCGCGAGCUGCGGAGUGCAGCUUGCAGUGAGAAGUUGUGGGGAGAUCUGUGGCGUGAGCGGUGGCGGAUUCCUCCGGAGAUCAGCAUUACCCAGCCUCGCCAGCAAUGGCAGCAGUGGCAUGAGAGCAACCGCAUUCCGACGGACAUCACGCAGAUUACGUCUGGAGGAGUGCUGUUUGCUUCAGGUCGUGCCAAGAAUGUCAGUGCGUGGGGGCUGCUUUCUCAUCGUUCCAACGGACAUACGACAAGAACCGUCCUGCUGAAUGGCAAGGCUACGGUUAUGCAAGUUGUGAAGCUGUUCAUCGUCGUGCAGAACCUGAGCCUUGCAUGCGUCCGCGUUACGGACCGCAUCUCUCUGACUUCGAAAGAUGGAGCAGAUAAUGCAUCGUUCGAGCCCUUCACUGCGGCGUCUGGCGCACACUUGACGCCCCAGAUCGUGGCGUUCAACGCAGAUCAUUACGUGACGAAGGAUCUGGCUUCAGUCGCGCUUCACCACGGCGAUACCUGCGUGCUGAGCGUGUAUAUGGCGUGUCCGGGACUUGACCUGGAGGAUCAGUUUCUGCAAAGGUACGGAUACGAUGCGUUCCUGUACUGCAAGAUAAUGAGUGGUGAUAUCUGA